CACGGACAUCUUACCAUCAAGAAGGAUUUUGCACCUUAAUGGCCACCAUCAUCAUUACCCUUUGAGUCAUUGUGCACCAUGUUAAGAUACAGACUCCUGACCUUUGAUGUGAAUAAUACCCUGAUCAGGGUGAGGAAUUCUGUUGGAGAUCAGUACAGGAAUGUUGCCAAGCAGUUUGGAGUCAACAUCAAGGCAUCCGACAUCAAUCGUGAAUUCCGGAUACAAUACAAAGACCAGCUCCGGAGACAUCCCAAUUUCGGGGUAACCACCAAUCAAACAACGGAACAGUGGUGGGACGAGGUCGUCCAUCAUACUUUUCAUGCUGCAGGAUGCAAUUGCGAUAAAGGCAUCCUUGGUAGCAUAUCCUCCAAACUCUUCGAUGAUUUCAAAACAAGCCAAGCGUGGGAAACGUAUCCUGAAGUUAAGGAAAUGUUGACCUUUUUAAACCGCAAUGGAAUUGCCCUUGGUGUCUUGUCAAAUAAUGACGAACGGUUAUUGAGUACGCUGAAAGCAGUCGAUAUUGCCGACCAUUUCGCUUUCAUCCUUCCAUCAACAAUCGCAAAAUGUGAAAAGCCAGAUGCAGAGUUUUUCAAUAUGGCUUUGGAACGCUUGGAUAUUGAACCUGGGCUCUCUGCACAUAUUGGAGAUAAUGUCAAUUUAGAUUACCGUGCAGCACGAACCGUUGGCAUGGACGCAUAUCUUGUUGAUCGCGAGGGUACGUUGUUGGAAAACCAUCCAGAAAUCAACCCCGAUCAUCUCUUGUCUGAUAUAUCUGACCUUGAGCCUUUGAUUUUUAUGAAAUAGUUUUGCCUUGUUCUUGAUACAAUAUCAAUUAUGCAUGUAAUCUGGAACAAAAUCGAGUCUAAUAGACCAGGUGGGUGUUUUAUA